AGCUCUAGUAGUUCGUGACUUCCAGUGUCGGAGCGCCAUCGUGGAGAAUAUCAGGCUGUUUACCCAGCUCCCGCUGUAGUUAUGGCGGCGCCGCUAGCCCACUUCGAUGAGGACUGGCAGGACUUUAACGAAUUCAAGCCGUCCUCGGAGUCCGCCGAGCAGCUGGACCAGCUCAACUCUAACGUGGGCGACCCGUCGUCGGGCCUAGACGACUUCUCGGACCUGGACAACAGUUUCUCGGGGGAGAUCUGCAGCUUCAAGUCGAUGGAGGAUCUCGUCCACGACUUCGAAGAGAAGCUGACAGUUUGCUUCCGAAAUUACAACACAACGACGGAAAACAUCGCCCCCAUUAAACCUAUCUCGGAGGACAACUUCUUGAAAGACGACGAAGUGUGGAACGCUCUGACAGAUAACUAUGGCAACGUGAUGCCUGUGAACUGGAAGACAUCGCACACUCGCUCCUUACACCUGCCUGUCCUCAACCUAACGGAACAAGAGUUGGAUAACCAGUCUCUGGAUUUGUCGGAUGACGAGGAGCUGAGGGAGCAGAUGGAUAUGCACUCAAUAAUCGUCUCCUGCAUCAACGACGAGCCACUCUUCACAGCUGAACAGGUGAUAGAGGAGAUUGAAGAGAUGAUGCAGGAGUCUCCAGACCCAGAGGAUGAUGAGAGUCCCUCCCAGUCCGACCUGUCCAUGCUCUCCCAGGACCUCCACGCUCUGAAGCGCUCCGCCUCCAACACCAGCUGCGCCGACCGGCUGCGUCAGCUGUCUGUGUCUGAAUUGACCGAGACUCUGGAGGAGGUGGAAACAACCAUUCGCCGCUUCAGUGAAGAGCUGAUCCAGGCUCUGGCCCUGCGGGAUGAACUGGACUAUGAAAAGGAGGUGAAGAACAGCUUCAUCUCGCUGAUCAUCGACGUGCAGAACAGACAGAAGGAGCACCGCGAGCUGCUGCGCAAGAGGAAGAAAAUCAGGAGUAUGACGACGACCAUGACCAACGGCCAGAGGACAACCAGCACACACAUACCAGGCACUCUCCUCACUUUGGAGGGACUGUCCAAUGUCAUUCAAAAUGGCCUCCGUCAAACUUUUGGCAACACAGGAGGGGACAAACAGUACCUGACCACAGUAAUCCCUUAUGAGAAGAAAGCAGGCUCGCCAUCAGUAGAAGAUCUUCAGAUUCUCACAAAGAUCCUCCGUGCCAUGAGGGACGACAGUGAGAAGGUACCUGCCCUGCUCACAGACUACAUUCUCAAAGCUCUGGUAUGAGAGCAGUGGAAACUGAGUUCUGUGUCCCACGUAAAUCCAACGGUGUCGCCUCGCGAUUCCUGGACCUUCCACUGGACCAUCAGAGGAGGGUUCUGGUAACCUGGAAGAAUUCAGAUCAUGGAUCUAAAUCCAACCCUUUCUCCAAACUUUUUCACAACAUAUACUUUCUUUUCACUUCUUCAACUGUUGUUGCGAAGAUUUUUAACUCUUAGAUAUAGCUCCUUGGUCUGUAUAGUCAUUUUUAAUUUGUAAUAUUUAAACUUUUUAUUGCCUGAUAAUUUUCCACCCUUUGCAUGAUGACUUAUCUACAGAUGCCAGUAAUCAGUAUUAAUCUCAACACCUCACUUCCUGAUAUCCUAGUGGCUUGUGAACAGGUCAAGGAAGUAUAUCAGUUUUUUUUUUGUUUGUUUUUUUUAAUUAUCUGGUAUCAACUGUCAUUGUGUAUUUUUUUUCUUCCUCUUCAGUUUAAGAACAAACCCUUUCAUUUAAAAACAAUCUUAAAUUGUAGCUCCACCUGUCGUCUCUGCAUGUUAGUUUUAACUUUACGCUCUAUAUUAGCAGUUUGUGGAAUGUUAGAAUGAAAAAAUAUUUUGGAUAUGAUUAAGUGAAUUUGCACAGUUUUGGGGAAUGUUUUACGUCUUGGAAAAAGGGGAAUUGACUUAAGUAAAUAGCUAGAUGAACAAACAUGUAAAGCAUAUUUUUGGAUAAGGAGUCUGUUUUUUGAAUGAGAUUAGGGACUUGCCAGUUUCCACUUGUAGUAAGUGCUGUCCAUUGACCUCUGAGCCCUCAGGUAGUGACCCCAGCCCCAGCAACUGUAUCACUUCCCUCACAAUCAUCGUCGCUGCAGAUUCCUCACAUUUGUGUCGUUGCAUUAGUAGUGUAGUUAUGUCAGAUUGGAAAAUUGUGUCGUUUUAAACUUUGUGAGUUGUGGGUGUCAUUUUUCUGUGGUAGGACUUGCGUCUGUCAGUGAUCUGGUCACGUCGUAACUUAAGUGUAGUUCUACCUGCAUUACAUUAUUGUUAGAUGAAGCGUAGAAAUUUAGGAUGCAGAAAACGUGUCCCGCGUGACAUUGUUGCUGUCGUGCGUAUCCUGCGCCUUCUCUUCACCCCUAUUGUGAACCUUUUUAAACAGCUUUAAACCAGAUCCAGAAACCACACUCAUCAGCAACUCACAUGGAGAUCACCAGCUAUUACAGAUGAACCACACUCGUCUCUAGUUCAGCUCUCAGGUACAAUCAUUUUGUGUUUGAGGUUUAACAUCGUGUUUUGAAAAGGUACUGACACGCAAAUGAGCUUCCUGUGUUCCUGACAACAGCUAGACUUCAAGUUACUGCACUUUUAAAAAAAAAAAAAAAAAAAAAAAACUUUGUCACACUCUGAAUACCUGGGCGAGGUGAUCGGGGUAGCCUCGAUAACGAUAGUGGCGAUAACUUGAACGCAGGUAUAAGAGGAAGUAAAAGGUGGUGGGAUGGAGAUGAGGGAUGUUGGGCGAGGAUUGCACAAAGGGUUGCUUAAAUGUGAGGGCUCCAUUUAUGAUUUCAUAAACGCUGAGAGAAUCUCACUUUUUAAUUAUUUUUAUGUACUGUUAUGCCAGCUUUUGAAAACAUUGACAUUCACAGCCUAGCAUGCGCUGCAUGCACUUUACCGCUGCAAACAACAUGUUCUUGUUUUGUACGUUUGUUUGGUUGUUUACAGAUAUAGUCAUGUCACACUGAAAUCUCAAUUAGGUGUGGCAAUGAAAUAUCAAAAAAACCUUCAAACUAGUUAAAUAUGAACAGAAUUAAAGAGAACAAACACAGAAGCUCGGGCCUUUUUAAGAAAACGACCCUGAGCUCAUCUUAAUCUGUAAAUCAAACGCUUCAGUUCAAAUCGUUUUUGACACCGACUGUGUGAAUUGUUUUAUAAUGACGUGGCAGUCAGCAUGGAGGUCAGUGAAGGAUCUCGUCCCAGACCGGAACCCCUCAUCUGGUCUCUUAGACAUAUCAGUGUAACUACAGCUUAGAGAUUUAUAUUUAUAUAUAAGUACAACAGAGCAAGCAAUAGAUAAGGAGGCUGCCUUUGUAAAUGCCUGAAAACCUUUUGUUUUUGUACUUAAAACUAGUUACUUUUUGUGUUUAAUGCAGUAUAAUUCCCCAGGAUGGGGUUUUAUGUUUACUGUCACAAGUGGUACUGCAGUUCAUUAAUUUAUUAUGUAACGUUCAUUCAUUUUAUUUUAUUUUUUAACCAUGUUAAUGACUGUAAUGGUACAAGUGUUUGUGCCCACAUUGUAUUUGUGAUUCAUUUCAAAUAAAUUAAUAUGUGAAGAUUUUAA